CAUGCCGGUAAAGAAGGAAUUCGUAAUUGUCAAACACCCGGCUUGUCAAUUUGAAAAGUUGGGGCUUCAGAUUAAAUGUUCAUUUUGAUAAAAACACUUAUUAGCUUCCAAUUUAUUGACUAAUGUGCGGUUAUUUGGCUCGAAACAAUUAUGGACUGCAUAAUUCCGGGGACAAACAUGAAAGUUUUAGCCAAGGCCCUUCAGGCCCUUUCUAAAAUCGGCGACGAAUUGUUCAUAGAAGCAAAAACUGAUGGUUUGGCUUUCAUAACUUUAAAUUCGAGCAAGACAGUUUGCUCCCGCUUUACGUUCCAAGAGGCGUUUUUCAGUAGUUAUGAAGUGAACCAAAAUGAUUCAACUGAAGACAUCAGUUGUAAGAUACACAUGAAGAUAUUCCUGCCCCUUUUUAAGGGAAAUCUAGAGAAAAAACUUGAAUAUUUCAAAGUUGAAUAUUUGGUAGAUAGCGAUUUUAUCAUUUUUAAAAUGAAGUACAAAUGUGACGAUAUUGUGAUGGUGCACAAGUUACGUCUGAUGGACACUGAAACGUUAUCAAUUGGUGUUACCACCAACUCAGGGUGCAAUAACGUAUCAGCUUCCAGCUCGUUUUAUAAUCAACUGCUUUCAAUGUUUAAUCUCACAGACGAUGAAGUUACGUUUGAAAUCACAAAAGCCAAGGUUGUGGCGCGAAAUUAUUGCUUAGGCACGCCGUGUCGUCCAAAAAUGAUGCGAACUCAAAUCAAUUUAAACUCAACCGAAUUUCUGACGUACUUCAUUACGAAAACCUCAUCAAUUAAUUUCUCUUUGAAACCAUUUCGUACUCUAGUCCAUUUUGCCGAAACUUUUAACCUCAACGUGGAUUUAAAUUUUGAAAUCGGAGGAAAACCGUUAUCUAUGGUUUUAAAAAACCCAACUUUCGAAGUCAGUUUCAUCGUUGCAACGCUUGAUCCAUAUUCCGACACAAAUUCCUCAAUUGCAACUGUGAGUUCGCCUAAAAUUGCCACGAAAAAACCGCCUAAAAUUACCGACGAAGCGGACGAUUUAACGAGUAAAGAGAGUAGUUUUCUCGAGUUGAUGAAACAAAGCGAGAAUGUGAACGACAUUGACGUCAUACCAAAAUCACCCGAAUCUCCCCGAAGUAAGAAAGCGAAAACAGUAUUCGGUCGUUGCUACGACCCGACGUUUCACGAAACAGUGUUAGGGGAAGUCCUGGCCGCCAAUAGCGAUUCCGAGCGGAAUACGGUUUUCACCAAACUUAUUUUUUCAAAAAACGGACCCGAGUUGAUGAAACAAAGCGAGCAUGUGAAAGACAUUGACGUCAUACCAAAAUCACCCGAAUCUCCCCGAAGUAAGAAAGCGAAAACAGUAUUCGGUCGUUGCUACGACCCGACGUUUCACGAAACGGUGUUAGGGGAAGUCCUGGCCGCCAAUAGCGAUUCCGAGUGAAACACACAGUAGUAUAUUAAAUAAUUACUAUAUUUGGUACAACAUGAGAUAAGAAGAUUGAUAUGUUCUAUUUACAUUUCGUUAAAUCAUCAGAUAAGAAAGCUAAGCGGGCCUGCUUUGGCACUGUUUGCAAUAAAGUCCCGCUUGAACUUUGUUACGUCUUGAUACGGAUAAAAUACUGUGUGAAAGAUGCUUAAAAAAGGCACAUUUAAACAUUCAUACAUGAAAAUAGUGGUAAGUUAAGACGUUGUAAUAUUUGUAUUUGGUAAUAGUUGUUUGUUGUUAAGUGUAUAAACUACAGAAUAUAGAAUUGAAUUCCA